CAGCCCAAGCCUGCAGAAUGCCCCACAAGAUCGGAUUCGUCGUGGUCAGCUCUUCUGGACACGAGGAUGGCUUCAGUGCCCGAGAACUGAUGAUCCACGCACCAACUGUCAGUGGGUGGAGGUCUCCAAGAUUCUGCCAAUUCCCACAAGAAAUUGUUCUUCAGAUGGUAGAGAGGUGUCGAAUAAGAAAGCUGCAGCUGCUUGCACACCAGUACAUGAUCUCAAGCAAAAUCGAGUUCUAUAUUAGCGAAAGCUUGCCUGAGUAUUUUGUACCCUACCAAGCGGAGCGAUUUCGCAGACUUGGCUACGUCUCCCUCUGUGAUAACCAGAAGACUGGCUGCAAAGCCCGCGAGCUCAAGUCAGUGUAUGUGGACGCCGUGGGGCAGUUUCUCAAGCUGAUAUUCCACCAGAACCAUAUCAACAAGUACAACACCUAUAACCAGGUUGCUUUGGUUGCAGUAAAUAUCAUUGGAGACCCUGCAGAUUUUGGUGAUGAAAGCAAUAUUACCUCUAGAGAGAAGUUGAUUGAUCAUUAUCUUGGGCACAACCCGGAGGAUCCAGCCCUAGAGGGGACUUACGCUGGGAGAUCUGACUAUAUCUCUCCACUGGACGACUUGGCUUUUGACAUGUACCAAGACCCCGAGGUCGCACAGAUCAUUCGCAAGUUGGAUGAAAGGAAGCGGGAAGCUGUCCAAAGGGAGCGUUAUGAUCACGCCAAGAAACUGAAGCAGGCUAUCGCUGACCUGCAGAAGGUGGGCGAGCGUCUGGGGCGAUACGAGGUGGAGAAGCGCUGCGCGGUGGAGAAGGAGGACUAUGACCUAGCCAAGGAGAAGAAGCAGCAGAUGGCCUGCUACCGCGCACAGGUGUACGAGCAGCUGGAACUGCACGGCCUCCUGCACGGCGAGCUGGAGAUGCGGAGGCCCCUGGACUUGCCCCUCCAGCCCCUGGAUCAUUUCAGCAGUCCUCACCACCGAAAGCCAGCCCCCUCACUGCCACAGCCAGAAGAGGUGGCCCCCGAAAGCCAGCUUGCCCACCCGCUUCUUCAGGAGAAGCCUUCCUCGAGCCCCCUGGCUCCUCCUCCCAGGCACACUGCAAUAGAACAGCUGCUGCCUGCCGGGGGCCCGCCUCCAAGGAGCAACGUGGACACCCUACCCUAUGACGAGCGGCCCCUCCCCGCCCCCCGCAAACAGCAAGCAGAAGUGUUGACAGAACCCGACGUAGGCGAGGCCGACCUGGGCACUGUGCGAAGAGGAGGUGUGGCCGGGGAGCCCGAGCCCCUGAGCGAAAAGGCCCUGAGGGAAGCCAGCUCCGCGGUGGACGUGUUAGGAGAAACCCUGGUUGCCGGUGCCUAUUCCAAGACCUGGUCCUGCCGAGAGGAUGCGCUGCUUGGUCUGUGCAGGAGGCUGAUGGAGGUGCCUGUUGGAACCCCGAAGGAAGACGUGAAGAGCAUGCUGAGAGCAUCUGUCUUUCUUGUCAGAAGAGCCAUGAAGGACAUUGUGACCUCGGUCUUUCAGGCUUCUUUGAAAUUACUGAAAAUGAUGAUUACACAGUAUAUUCCCAAACAUCAGCUGAGCAAGCUUGAGACCACCCACUGUGUGGAGAGGACCAUUCCUGCCUUACUUGCCAGGACCGGAGAUUCCUCCACCCGCCUGCGCAUCAUGGCUUCAAAUUUUAUUCAGGAAAUGGCCUUGUUUAAGGAGGUGAAGCCUCUCCAGAUCAUCCCAUCCUACUUGGUGCAGCCUUUAAAAGUCAACUGUUCGGCUCAUCUGGCCAUGAGUCAGAUGGACCUCCUGGCCCGGCUGCUGAGGGACCUGGGCACCGGGAGCACGGGCUUCACGGUGGACAGUGUGAUGAAGUUUGCAGUGAGCGCCCUGGAGCACAGAGUGUAUGAGGUCCGAGAAACAGCGGUCAGAAUCAUUCUGGACAUGUACAGGCAGCACCAGGCUCUCACUCUGGAGUACCUUCCUCCGGAUGACAGCAGCACGCGCAGGAACAUCCUCUAUAAAACUAUUUUUGAGGGAUUUGCUAAAAUAGACGGCAGGCCCACGGAUGCUGAAGUGAAGGCACAGAAAAAAGCAGCCACAGAAGAAGCAGAAAAACAGAAGAAGGAAGAGAUCAAAGUUCUGCAGGGGCAGUUGGCCGCGCUGCAGGAGACGCAGGCCCUCGUCCAGGAGAAGGACAUCGAUACCGUGAGGCCCAAGAAUCAGGGAAGGAAAGCAGUCCCACCUGAGGAUCCGGAAAUUCCAGAUAACCACUACCUGGACAACCUCUGCAUUUUCUGUGGGGAGAGGAGCGAGUCCUUCACAGAAGAGGGCCUGGACCUCCACUACUGGAAGCACUGCCUCAUGCUGACCAGAUGCGACCACUGCAGACAGGUGGUGGAGAUCUCCAGCCUGACAGAGCACCUGCUGACAGAAUGUGACCAGAAAGACGGGUUUGGCAAAUGCCACCGCUGCAGCGAGGCCGUGCGGAAAGAAGAGCUGCCCAGGCACAUAAAGGCGAAGGAGUGCAAUCCUGCCAAAUCAGAGAAGCUGGCCAACCGGUGUCCCUUGUGCCAUGAGAAUUUCACACCUGGAGAAGAGGCAUGGAAGGUGCACCUGAUGGGCCCUGCCGGCUGCACGAGGAACCUCCGCAAGACACACAUCCUGCACAAGGCCCAGGCUGCGCUCCCAGGAAAAGGCCUCGCAGGGACCAAGUCAGGCAGCUCAGGAGCCAAGUCUGGAAGCAAGAUCCCCACCCCAAAGGGAGGCCUGGGCAAAAGCUCCAGCAGGACACACACAAAGCGGUGA